AGAAGAAGAAGCGCGGAAACGGAGGGAGAUUUAUUUAUCCGGAGAGAUUCGGUUUUGUGUUCCUCUGGUGUGAGUCCCAAGCUGUUUGUCCAUGAUGAGUGACCUGGAGGACGACACCAUCAUCUUCUCCACUCUGAAGUCCUUUAAGAGUUUAAUCUCGGUUCCUGAGCGCUCAGUGCUGGAGCCCGAGCCUGCGUACGGCAGGAGCGACCUGCAGAAGCUUUAUACGCAGAGAGUCGAGAUGGAGGAAGCAGCUGAGCGGAUCCACUCGAAGACGAGUCUGCUGCAGCUCACUCAGGAGAAACAGCAGAUGGAGCUGAGCCACAAACGAGCACGGAUCGAGCUGGAGAAGGAGGCUCAUAACAGCACCAGGGAUUUACAGAGACAGGUGGACAUGAACCAGGACCUGCUGACCAAGAUCAGACGUCUGGAGGAAAAAGAGGAGAGAGGCCUUCAAGCACUGAACGAACAACUGGAGAAGAACAAGUCCCUAAAGCAGAGCCUGGAGGAGCUCCAGAAACAAGUUCACGACAAAGACGGGAAGAUCUCCGAGACCCAUCAGAUGAUGAGCGAGCUCAAGGACGAGAUCCGGACUCUGAACCAGAAGCUCCAGAUCCAGGAGUCGAAGUUCUCUACGUUGAAUCUGGAGAAGCAGGCUGUAGAGGAGCAGCUGGAGAUGCAGCAGAAGAAGUACCAGGAGGUGAACCAGAAGUACCAAAACCUGCAGACGUCCCAGAUCUCCAACACAGAGAAUGAAAUCAAGAUAAAGGAGCUGAAGAGACGCCUGGAGCUCCAGGAGCAGGACUCCAUCAUCGUGAAGAACAUGAAGAGCGAGGUGGCCAGGCUUCCUGAGCUGAAGAGAGAAAUUAAACAUCUGCAGGAGGAAAACGCAUACCUCAGAGAGACGCAGGAGAACAUCAGCCUGCUGAAAGAGGAGACGGAGGGGCUGAGGAGGAAGCUGGCCAGGAUGGAGAAGGUUCUAGAAGAGAAACUGAAGCUGGAGCUGGAAAAAGAGAAGGUCGUGCAGGAGCUGCAGGCGUGGGAGAACAUAGGCCAGACCACCGGCCUCAAUAUCAGGAAGCCGGAGGACUUGUCCAGGGAGGUGAUGCAGAUCCAACAGAGGGAGCUGAGUCUCAAACAGCAAAACUACACACUCAGCAGCAACAUCCGCAGCCUGGAGAAGACUCGUGUGCAGGUCCAGUCUGAGACGUCCGAGUUUCGCUCCAAAGCCCUGGAGGAGCAGAAGAAGAGAGAGAACCAGGACGCUCUGGUGCGCCGCCUGCAGAAGAGAGUGCUGCUCCUGACCAAGGAGCGUGACGGUAUGAGGGCGAUCCUGGAGUCCUACGACACAGAGCUAGCCGCUAGUGAGUACUCUCCUCAGCUCACACGCAGAGUUAAAGAGGCUGAAGAGAUGCUGCAGAAAGUCCAGAACCACAACACUGAGAUGGAGAUCCAGCUGUGUAAAGCUCAGGAGGAGGUUGGAACCUUCAAACUGCAAGCUCAUCAGGCUGCUGUUGAACUGGAGUCUCUGAGAGAACAGAAGUGUUCUGUGUCUGAGUCGAGUCCCAUAGCAACAGAGGAGGAGAUUACAUUCCUAAGGUUGAAGGUUGAGGAGCUGGAGUCAGAACGCCAGAAACUGGAGGAGCAGAACAACGUUCUGGAGAUGAGACUAGAGAGACACAACCUGCAGGGUGAUUAUGACCCGGUGAAGACUAAGGUGGUUCACUUCCGUCUGAACCCCACCAGCGUGGCGAAGCACGAGCGCGCCGAGGAGGCGGAGCAGCUGAAGGUGGAGUGCGAGCGUCUGCGAGAGCGCCUUCGCAAGCUGGAAGCGGGCGGAGCCGUCACGUCAGACGACACCACGCUCAUCCUCCCGCCUUCACAGGAGAUAUUGGAUCUGCGUAAACAGAUGGAGAGCGCGAAGCUGAAGAACCAGCGUCUGAAGGAGGUGUUCCAGAAGAAGAUCCAGGAGUUCCGGACCGCCUGCUACGUUCUGACUGGGUACCAGAUCGACAUCACUGUGGAGAACCAGUACCGCCUGACCUCGGUGUACGCCGAGCGCAUGGAGGACUCGCUGUUGUUCAAGGCCAGCGGAGCGGUGGGAACUGGAAGCAUGCAGCUCCUGGAGACGGAUUUCUCGCGCACGCUGACCGAGCUGGUGGAGCUGCACCUCUUCCACCAGAAGAGCAUCCCGGUGUUCCUCAGUGCCGUGACACUCGACCUGUUCAGCCGUCAGACCGUCGCUUAAACACUGCGCUUACACACACACACACACACACACACACUCUCACACUCUCACACACACACACACAAUCUGGGAGCCUCGUGUGUUGCCGCGUCCCCGCUGUGAGAUCAGGAAAUACGAACAUUUUUUAUUUACUUGUUCCUCCAAAUGUUCCAAAUAAAGAAUAAUAACUGUG